AUGUUUGGAGGCGCAGAUUCCAUCGACGAUGCUCAAUCGAUCAUCAGCCAAUUAAAUCAACUUUGCAUAGCGGGCGGUUUCAGUCUCCGAAAGUGGAUAAGUAAUUAUCCUUCCAUUCUUAAAGACAUUCCAGCUGAACAUCAAACGAAUACUACAUCGCUAGAAUUCGAAGAUAGUACAGUUUUUCACGCAUUGGGAUUGUGCUGGCAACCAGCAAUUGAUGCCUUUCUAUUUACCUUGAAACUUCCUGCUACAAAACGCAUUACGAAACGAUCUAUCUCAUCCACUAUUUCAACACUGUUCGACCCUUUAGGUUUGCUUUCUCCAAUCACUAUCAAAGCUAAGAUAUUCAUUCAAGAAUUAUGGGCCAUUAAACUCGGUUGGGAUGACCAUCUUUCUAUGAUGAUAACCAACAAGUGGACCACGUUUCUCAAUACUCUUCAAAAAAUGACUCACCUCACGUUUCCUCGUUGGCUUGGAUGCAAGUCAACGGAUGAAAUUCGAACCUCAAAGACAAAAGUCGUUCCAUUAAAAAAACUUACAAUACCCAAACUCGAACUUUCCGGAGCUGUUCUGUUGGCAAAAUUGAGUUCACAUAUAUUGAAGGUACUGGAACUUGAAAGUAUUCCUGUUUAUCUGUGGACGGAUUCUGCCAUUACAUACACAUUUGUUCCGGGUAAUGAGAAUCCGGCUGAUCUGGCUACCCGAGGAUUGACUCCCAUUCAAUUAUCGGAACACCCAACAUGGUGGGCCGGACCUCCAUGGCUGUCACAAAUAUCCGCAAAGCGGCCACAACCACUCAAGGCACUUUCUAUUAAUGAAAAUCUUGAAGAGCGUUCAGCUAAGAUUUUCACAAUUAGUACCACACCUCUACCACUCUGA